GAGACAGAAGAAGACGGCUUCUCAUACCGUGAUGGAGCUGGAGAACACCAUGGAUGGCAGUCAGGCUGGGCAGCCUCUUUUGUGCCCUUCCCAUCCCAGAGAGGAGCUACGGCUGUUCUGUGAGCAGUGUGACCAGCCUGUGUGCCGGGAGUGUGUCGUGGACAGGCACCAGCAGCACCGAUGUGACUUCACCAGCAACGUCAUCCACAGACACGGGGACGCCCUUCGGGAGCUGCUGAAGAGCACCCAGCAGCACGUGGGCACUCUAGAAGGUGUGCUGGGCCAGAUUGAUGCCAUGGGUAGUGCCGUCCAGAGUCGCGCAGAGGCCGUGGCCACGGAGAUCUCUCUGUUUGCCAGUGGGUACGUGACAGCCAUUGAAGAGCACCGGGACCGGCUGCUGAAGCAGCUGGAGGACUUGCAGGUGCAGAAGGCAAACCUGCUGCACUUGCAGAAGGCCCAGCUGCAGCAGCUGCUGCUGGACAUGAGGACAGGGGUGGAGUUCACGGAGCACUUGCUGACGAGCGGCUCAGACCUGGAGAUCCUCAUCACCAAAGGGGUGGUGGCCAGCCGGCUGACAAAGCUGAACAGCAUCGCUUACAGCACCCACCCCAGCGUGGACGAUGGGAUCCACUUCUCUCCUCAGGAGAGGGCAGGGCAGUGUUGCGGCUAUGAAGUUUUUGGGGCCAUUCUCAAUAAAGUGGUUGAUCCAGCCAGGUGUACCCUGCAUGGGGAAGAUCUCCAUAGUGCCCGUCAGAACCAGCUGACUGGCUUUACCCUGCUCUGCAAUGACACCACGGGGGAGCAGAUGAGGAGAGGAGGCGAGGCCGUGUGGGUCACCAUCACCCAUAAGGACAAGAGGGACUGUUCAGUCAAGCCAACAGUGUGUGAUAAUGGUGAUGGGACCUACCAUAUUUCCUACAGCCCUGAGGAGCCAGGCUUAUACACUGUCUGCAUCUAUGUGAAAGGGCAGCAUGUACAGAGCUCUCCAUUCACUCUGACGGUGAAGAACAAGUUCCGUGAGCACCAUGGUGUGUUUCACUGCUGCACGUUCUGCUCAAGCGGAGGGCAGAAAGCUGCUCGCUGUGCCUGUGGUGGGACCAUGCCAGGUGGGUACCAAGGCUGCGGCCAUGGACACAAAGGUCACCCUGGCUGCCCCCACUGGUCAUGCUGUGGACAGGUGAAGGAGAGCUCAGAGUGUUUGGGUGGGCCACCCAGCAACACCUCGCAGAGGAGCUUGCUGAGGACGGUGGCAUUCUGAGGAGCCAGGUGAGCUCCUGCGGGCCCAGGGCACUGCUGUGGGCUGCUGCAUGAGCACCAACCACCAGGGUCCCC